AGUUUUUAAAUUGACCUUCCCCGGCCGACUGGAUCUCGCGCUCUGAGCUUUGGGAGAAAGAAGCGAAAGAGAUCUCUAGAGAUCUCCGAUGGCCGAAACGCGACGAAACGGCUGAGGGAAUCGGGAAACAGGAAGCGGAGAUGGCGCACAAGGGAAUACCAGACUGGCUUAAUAGCUCGAUCUGGUCCUCGAAUCCCACCUCGUAUUCCGGCGAUCGUUUCCGCGUGCCCUCCCCCAAGGCCUCGACCGAAACCCUAAAGCCCGAGGCCCCAAUCCGAGCUCCGGUCCCUGAGGCCCCACCUACUCGCCGAUCUCCGCAGCGGCCGCCGCGUCCGCAGCCGGCGGAGACCCAGAAGCCGGAGGCGGCGCCCCCGGCCGGCGACCCGAGCCCCUCCUCGCGAUUCUCGCCGGAAGAGGUCUCCCGCCAGUCCCAGCUCCUGGACGAGCUAUCGAAGAAGGUUAUAAAUAUUGAAGAAGUGCGGAGAUUGGCUUCGCAAGGUAUUCCGGAUGGGGCUGGGAUUCGUUCGAUGGUUUGGAAGCUUCUCUUGUGUUAUUUGCCGAAUGAUCAUGGAUUAUGGGCACAAGAGUUGGAGAAGAAGCGGUCGCAGUAUGAGGCUUUUAAAGAUGAGUUUUUAGUGAAUCCUUCAGAAGUGACAAGGAGGUUGGAGGAAUCUGCUGGCCCCAAAUAUGAAGAAUCGGAAGGUGGAAAUAGUGGUUUGCUCUCGAGAUCAGAGAUAACUCAUGGAGAGCACCCGCUGAGCCUUGGAAGAACUAGUGUCUGGAAUCAAUUUUUCCAGGAUACAGAGAUUAUAGAGCAGAUUGAUCGAGAUGUAAGGCGUACUCAUCCUGACAUGCACUUUUUCUCUGGGGACUCAUCUUUUGCAAAGUCUAAUCAGGAAGCCUUAAGGCGCAUACUUAUCAUCUUUGCAAAGUUAAAUCCAGGAAUAAGAUAUGUACAAGGGAUGAAUGAAGUUUUGGCACCUCUUUUGUAUGUCUUUCGGAAUGAUCCAGAUGAGAAUAAUGCUGUCUGUGCUGAAGCAGAUGCAUUCUUUUGUUUUGUUGAGUUAUUAAGCGAAUUCAGGGACAAUUUCUGCCAGAAACUUGACAAUAGCGUUGUUGGAAUUCGUGCUACAAUUACUAAAUUGUCAGAGCUUCUAAAGAAACAUGAUGGAGAGCUUUGGCGUCAUUUGGAGAUCACAACAAAACUUUUACCAGCAAUGAACAGCACCCAAGGUACAUCCCAGAGAUUUAUGAUAUUUGAUGGAUUUAAAGGAUCAAACUGCAAGUUGAAUGCGGAAAAGAUCAUUGUAAAGCCAUAAUGAUCAAUCCAAAUUAUAGAGAAGGUAGGUCCAUGCAGCAUGUCACUGGGGUAGUUAAUGCUGAGUUAUCUUUUGUUUGGAUUUAUGUGUUUGAUAUUGUAUGGUAUGAUAUCUAUAACUGUCUGACAUGAACCUGAUUUUCAACAAUUUAAAGCUUGAAGAGAUCACAUGCAUAAUAAGGUUGUAUUUAGGAAUUUGGCCUACUCAUUUGUCUUUUGUUUUAGUCUGCUGCAAUUGUAAGUAUGCGUGUAGGAGGACUUUGACAACUGGUACCUUCCCUCAGGAAAUGCAGUACCCAUUUCUCACAUUAAUGGAGUAGGCUAUUAUCAUAGUAUAGACUUGCUACCUCUGUACAUAUUAGAAUGCAGACUCAGCUGAGUGAGGCAUUCCCCUAUCUAUUGUUCUGGCUUUUUUACUGUCUCUUGCUUAAAGAUAGUUCUUCUUGUCUAUCAUUUCCUUUGUUUCUUGAGUGAUAGUCUAUUCUCAUGCAUAAUGCCUUAAAAAUUUAUCAUUUUGUGCAUCUGUCCUGGAAACCAUCUUGCAUUAAGAGUUGAUGCUGUUGAAUCUGCUGCUAAUUUACCUUUCUCAACAAUUCCAUGUUAAGAUUCUAGGAAAGUGCUAUAAUAUUUAUUACUUCUUGAGCUGCUGCCCUCCACUUUGAAUAUGACUAGAUCUCUACUUUGGUUGUUCCAUUACUAGUCAUCUUGCAAGCUAAGGA